AUGUCGUCAUCAUCCGACACGCCAUGGGCACCGAGCCCGGCAGCAUUCGAGUCGUGCGAGCCAAAGUGGUUGGCGGAGCAAAGGGUCGAUGCGUAUGGAGAGCGCUCGGUCCGCUUCCAGGAGGUUCUCCUCGUCACGGCUGUUAUGGCUCCGUUUGUGGCGCUGCUUGCGGCGGUGGAUGGCGCCGAUGCGAAGAUUACCUUGGCGGUCAUUGUUCUCACUGUCUUCUACAUCAUACAUGUGGUCCUUGCCAUCAUGUGGGCCCGCUCUCGUGCCCGUGUUGUGCUCUUCUUUGAGAUCUUUGCCCUGAUCUUGUUCUUUGCCAUUGCUGUUGCUGUCGUCAUCGCUGUCCUCGAACGCAUCAUCGUCGACGGGGAGACCGGUAUCCAAAUCCUCAAUCUGUUUCUCUCGCUGCUGGUGGCUGGUGUCUUUGCCGGCGCGUUGUACUUUCUCGUGCCCAUGCGGCGAAUCCUCAACUCCGAGUUCAGGGUUGCGCAAAUGGAGGCGCUACGGGGCAAGGGCAAGGGCAAGGGCAAGGGCAAGGGUAAGAGCAAGGCAUCUGCCGAUCUUGACCGCUACACUGUCGACUCGGAGCAGUCCCUGUCGUCGGCGAGCUCGUCGUCGCCCUCGUCCGACUCGGGCCCGGCACAGGUCCCGGCCGGUACGGGCGGCGGCAAGGGUGGCAAGAAGAGCAAGGGUGGCAAGGGCGGCGGCAAGGGCAGCAGCGACAGCCGCAAGGCCCAGGUGUAG